UAGAAAUUAUAUUUAUUAUUCAAAUGCAAUUUAAGGAAAUAAGAGCUUCUCCGGAACAAAAGGUUGUUCAGAGUGAGAUUGAUUUCCAGUCAGGCUUCCCUCCAGUAACAUCUGUGAUACACUUUGUCUUCCUCGCCUUGUCUGUAGGUGCGAAUGGAUAUUAUCUGAUGAACCCCUUGCUUGAUAGUGGGGAUUUGAGCCAGCCUUUAGCUCUGAUUAUGCUAUCGGGAAAGAUUUUCGGUAUUGCCUUUGUGUACUUUCCACACACGAUCAUGGGAAGUCUCCCCUUCACAAAAAUGAUGGUCGUAAUAUAUGCUGUUGCUUCGGUUGCUUGGGCAUUCUCUAUAGCGACCUUCUUUAUAUUCUUUCAAAUCUUAUUCGCCAUCUUGAGUAACCUUGGAGUUGAAGUAGAUCUAACCACUGAUGCUGCCAGAUUCUUGAUAUACACAUCAAUAAUCCCAAUGUUCUAUUACAGCAUAACUGCCUUAAUGGUGUCUCACGACAGAUUUCCAAACUCUAAGCCAAUAGAGAAAACUUCUGAGCCAAAAAUGAUACCACCAGAGCAGAUUAUGUUUGUCAAAAGGGAGGAUCUCCUGAGAUCUAGCCGCGUUGAAAUGAUAUAAUCCUAUUCAACUCUAUUUUCUCCUA